UGUCUUUAACAUUUCGGCUCUUGGGCAACAAAACGUGGUUUUAGAGCAACAAAAUAUUUAUUUUGCUCUAUUCGUGAAAAUUAGUUCUCGUGCAGUGCAAAACUUUUACUCGUUCGAUUCGAGAGUGGUACAGCAAUUGCAGCGUCAUAAAGUGCUCCAGAAUCGCUCAAGUGCGUGUACGCCAGGAACGAUUUAAGUUCUGCAUCCUUGCUCAGGUUCGAUUUGAUCGGAUCGUCUGGCAGAACAGUGAACUGUUUUCUUGUUCUUUGCAUUAGUUCUUCGCAUUUGCCUUGAUACUGCUCUAAUAGCAUAUUGUAGUGUGACUGCAGACAGGCAGAAGCAGCAAGAAUUCCUUUCGGAAGAAACAUCCAUAAAGGGAGACGGAUUUCGAGACUAUUCCUGUCCUAUGGAGAAGUGUAGUUUCUAUUACUCGUAAAAAUCAGUCCUUUUGUUGCUGAACAGUGUGAAUCAAGUGAUAAAUUUGUUUUGUGCAACAUUCUGAAGACUUGUGACAUACAACCAAGGUUUAUGUCUCAUUUCGUGUGAUUAUAAGUCUGUUUGGAAAUCAUCCAACAGAGAGUAGGAUUAUGUCAUCAGGAUACUAGUGAUAGUGAUACAGAAAAAAACAACCUAGUUCUACGGACGAACAUAAACUCACUCGACUCUUGUAACUUGAAGUGAGGUUUUCCCUGUUAUCAUAUCCGGCCGGUAAUUUGUUAAUAACAAAAAAAGCCUAGAAAUGGUCAAUUCCGGAACGGCUGCAAGGUGCCUCCUCCUCUUCUGAGCAGUAAGCCUAAAGAGUGAGCGAGAUCGCAAGCCACAGAACAGGCCACCAUGGAGCGAAAGGGUCGAUAAAGCAGUCGCUCAGCAUUAGCGCAAGCAAGCACGCAACAAUCGUACAUCUUUAUCAUCGUUUAUUUUCCGUUUUCUCGCACUAGUUUUGACAGCUGGCUGUGUAGAAGAGAAAGAAAGAGAAAUAGCCUAUUGCUAUUUUCUUUUUGUUUUGUUUUUAUUCUCCCGGAAGGCUACCAGAACCAUUUUCAUUUCAUCUUCUCCCCAGAACAUAUUCUACGCCUACAAACUCAAAUUACCAGUACUCAAAGGACCGAACGAAAGAUUUUCUCCAUCGUAAGCACGAUACCUUUUGCCAACAAGGCUUUGCCGUGGUGCAUUGCAGAAAGCUCGAUCAUCGAGUUGAUACUGUAAACGGCUGUCCUGUUCGAUAGAAUGGCAACGCACGUAUCGGAGGAAAGUGGCCCGGCCAAUAACAAUAACUCAGUUCCCAAUUCAGGUUCAUCCUAUGCUAAUGUCCUGCUGAAUAUCAAGGAGCAGAAUCAGAAACAGCAGCAAAAUGACAAUAACAAGGAGAACAUUCAAAGGGAGAAACCCCCCGCUGGCAUAGCGUCCGGUGGAGCAAGUGGUCCUUCCAAAGCUCCCGAUGUUUCCGGUAAAGACAGCAUAGGGAGUAAUGCCGCAACGACACCUGGAUCACCCGGCGGAGAUGAUCUGGAGGACGAUUCUAGUUUUGUGCCGGUAAUUUCUCACAAUAAACGUGAUCGUCGUUCAAGGCAGAAGGCAGCCGCAGCCGCAGCUGCUUCUAAACCUGGAGACCAACAACAGCAACAAGGUGACAAAGCACUCUUGUCUAAACCAUCUCGUAGAUCGGGUAAAACUGGCGCCCCGGUAAAGGAUACUGUCGAAGGUAAUAGCGGAGGACCACCGAAGAAAGAAGGCAAACGAAAGUCCGGUGAACGCAAACGUGCCCGCGGUCGGGGUGACGUCGAUAAAGAGGAAAAACUUCCCGAGAAGGACUAUCAGGGCGACACGAGUGCUUCUAACAAGGUCAGCAGUGAGGAUGGUUCGGAUAAGGAAGCACCGAAAAAGUUCGUCGAAGCACCGCUGCCAAAAGUCAAUGCGUGGAAGGUAACUCCCGUCGUCGAACCAAUGCCCAUCCCGUUGGGUGACGCUCGAUCGUCGAAAUCAUCGAUGGAACCGUCUAGCACAACGGCAGCCGUAGUCACAGCAUCAUCCGGUGCACUUCCAUCGGAGAUAAUCGCUCAAAAACCAUCAUCGCAGUCUACGUCGUCGGAAAAGCGAGUGCUGCAACCCAAGCAGCAACAAACGAAGACCACCCAGCAAACGCAACGACCCGCUAAAACCAGUGCUCUCCCGAAAACGACAGUCGAAGCUUCGAAAGCAGUUCCAUUGCAAGUGAAAGAAAAAAAGCGACCUAGUCAAAAGCCCAAUAAUCUAUCCAGUAGUUCAGACUGGCCGACGCUGGACGGCCGACCAAAGCCCAGCGAAUUAAAAAAGCAUGUUGUCGUACAGGCAGCUGAUUCUACAGGAUUGCCGACGGAAACAGCAGUAUCAUCAACCGCUGCAGAGCCGGAAAAGUCUGUUGUGGCUAAGCCCAGUGAAGCGACUGCCAAACAAACGCCCCAAGCAGAUGUACCUCAAGCAGUUAAGCUGGGCUCUUCUGUACCGACUGACGUAACAGCGGAAGAAGCAGCUUCAACACACACGACAGCAAUCGUGCAACCAGUUCCUGCCAAACAAUCGUCCUCGGAGGAAGAUACCAAUCGCCCAAAGAGCGCCGAUUCCGGUGAUCCGACGAAUGGUGUAAACAGUCGCGGCAAAGGACCCCGACCAAAGUGGGUACCGUUGCCAAUCGAUCUACCGAAACAACGCGUUCGUCGUGAGCGAACUCCCAGACGGCAACGAUUCGAUGAUUAUGAUGACAGCAGUUACAACCAGGAACGACCUUUAGCAGCACCACGAUCCAAUCGUUUCCGUACGGGACGGGGAGGAGGACCACCACCAUCCUAUCGAGGUGGUCGUGGCGGACGAAUUCCACGGGGAGGAAUCAUCCGGCGAGGAUCUUCGACGAGGGGAGGUCUGAUGGCUGGUGGUGUUAGAAUUAGUGAUAGAGACAGUCUCGCAAACGGUGUGGAUUUUACGAAAGAAUUCAACGGGAUAGGGCGAGUUGUUGGGAAGGAUCACGCGGCAUUUAUGAUGCCGUACCUAAGCACCUUUUACUAUAAUGGCGCCCCGCUUAUCGGUAUGGAUCAGCCGAGUAUCAAGGAGUGCAUCAAGAAGCAGAUAGAGUACUACUUCAGUGAAGAAAAUCUCAAACGAGACUUUUACCUUCGACGCAAAAUGGACCCGGAAGGUUACCUUCCGGUAACACUGAUUGCUUCGUUCCAUCGAGUACAGGCGCUAACACUUGACUUGAACAUCAUCAUCGAGGCAAUACAGGAAUCGGAGGAGCUGGAUCUUCUAGAUGAUUACAAAGUGCGAACGAAAAUUGAUCCGACCAAGUGGCCAAUAGACCCGGCGGACAUCGGAAACAUUCAGUACAUACCGAAUAUACCUGCACCUGGUAAUGUCCUUCCCGCAUCCCAGAACAACCGAACAACUGUGGGUCCGGUUGCAUCUAAGAUUCUGUCAAGUAUUCCACCUCCGCCAUUACCUCGAAGCUUCCGUACGCAAGUUGCACAACAAUCGACCGUCAACGCGAUUCCAACAGUGACCGAUCCGGUUCCCUUGACGGAUGAUGUGUCAAAAGCAGUGACAACAACAUCGGAACCGGAGAAUUUGAAUCCCAACGUACCGGAAUUUAUCCCGACGGCAUCCCUUCGUAAGCAAUCUGCCGGUAGUGUAGUUCCGGGUCAGCCGGCCACAGCGAAACCAAUUCCGAACAAUGAACCAUCGGAGGAGAAAGAGAACAUUAUCCAGGAAUCGAUGGUUCCAAAAAACGCGCAAGGGAAAUCUAACUCUGAAGACAGUGACACUAACAAGCUUCCCAGCGUGGAAGCACCCGUUGUCACCGAAGAAGCCGAACUGUGGAAGGAAGUAAAGCGUCGUUCACGCUCAGCUCAGCCCUACCACAACAAACAGCAGCAACAACAACAACAACAGCAGCAGCAGCAACAACAAUCGACAGAGGGUAACACCAAUAAGCAGGAAUUUGCGAAAAAAUCUGACAAACAGCAAAUUUCCCGCAAGGUGGGUGCUCUUCCGCAGGAUUCGGCCACAACAGCAGCUGCGGCUGCGGCACGACCAUCCCACCAAAACGAAGAACGGGAGGAGUUAGAUUUCCAAUUCGACGAAGAACUAGACAUCCCGCGUGGGGUUGGUCGUGUGAAUCAUUUUACGGACAACUGGUCCGAAGACGAGGAUGAAUCCGAUUACGAAUUGUCGGAUCACGAAAUUAAUAAGUUACUUAUUGUGACACAGGUCGGUAAUCGAGCACCGAAACACGAGGGUUACGAUCGAACGGGUGACUUCACAACACGCACCAAAAUCACCCAGGACCUUGAACAGAUCAUCAACGAUGGACUGCACAACUACGAAGAGGACCUAUUGACAAUCAACUGCCGACGGGGUGGAAGCAACUACAGAACCAUCAACCUGAUCUCACAGGCUGAGUUUGACAAAAUCAUCCCCAAGCCACCGAAGGUGACUCAAGAAGUACCGCCGCCACCACCACCGACAUUUGUCGAAUCGGAAGAUCUUCUCAAUGCUAGCACAACCAGUGCCAUCCAUCGACACAAGGCCCGUUUCUUUGCCGUCAACAAGGAUGAAUUCGUGGAUCCGAUUACACCGCGAAAGCGUAAGACGAGACAUUUGAACAACCCGCCAGUCGAAAGCCACGUCGGGUGGGUAAUGGACGCUGUGGAGCAUCGACCCCGUACCACCAGCAUGGGAAGCUCAACUGGAACAUCUCCCACCGCGUCAAGUUACGGUUCGUUGCCACAAAGUUUGCCAACAUUUCAACAUCCGUCACAUUCGUUGCUAAAAGAAAAUGGCUUCACGCAGCAGGUCUACCAUAAAUAUCACAGCCGGUGUUUGAAAGAACGCAAACGAAUGGGUCCCGGACAGUCACAGGAGAUGAACACUCUCUUCCGGUUCUGGUCGUUUUUCCUACGCGAAAACUUCAACAAAACCAUGUACGCUGAGUUUCGUCAGGUUGCUCUAGAGGAUGCAUCGGAGGGCUUCCGGUAUGGUUUGGAGUGUUUGUUCCGGUUUUAUUCCUACGGCUUGGAGAAGAAAUUCCGACCGCAACUUUACGAAGACUUUCAGCAGGAAACGGUUAGAGACUACGAAAAUGGCCAACUCUACGGUUUGGAAAAGUUCUGGGCUUUUCUCAAGUACUACAAGAACGCAACCAAACUGAGCGUCGAUCCGAAGCUGAGAGAAUAUCUGAACAAGUUUAAAUCGAUCGAAGAUUUCCGUGUGCUGGAACCGCAGAUAAACGAAAUGUUGGAGGGAGUGGGCAAUCUGAAAUCGUCGCCUUCGAAACGAAGACCGCGCAGUGUAUCGGAAAGCGAAGGUGUCACCGUCGUUGCCGGACCAAGUAACGUCAAACGAGCACAUCACGCGGCCAGUGGGAGUGGAGCCGGACCGUCCGGAUCAGGCCCGGGAUAUUCGGGAGGCGGCUAUCAGAAUCAAUAUUAUCGUAAAAGAUGUGAUUCCGCUGGCAACCGAAUGGUAGACGGUACGAAUCGUCCCGGUCCGUCGGGUUCCCGUAACCGUACCGGUUCGAUUGGUGAUGGUGCCAGCAAACAUUCCGGGGGUCGUCCUCGCAGUGGAUCUACCGGUAACAAAGUGGUACGCAUUACAAACGAUCAACGGUUUUCAUUCAAUCGGUCUGGUGCUGGUCAGUCUUCAGGAAUGGCAAAGGUACAGCAGCAGCAGCAACAGCAGCAUCAUCAGAAAGGACACAGCAGUAGUAGUUCGAAAAAUGCUGACUGCCCAUCCGCACCAACAACAACAUCAUCGUCGAUAUCGUCCAGUGAGAAACCUUCGUAAACGGAGUUGUGACAAUGCAAAUCCUUUCACAGAUGGGAUAGAAAUGAAAUCUGUAAAUUAAAAAUCGCGCUAACAUUGUGUUGCUUUCGUAUUCACAUUCUUAUGUAAAUGUCGGCAUAUCGCAUCUUUUUUCGGUCCUAUAUUUUUAAUGACGCGAAAUUGAUCAGUUCUUUUUACUGUGUAGAAACAAUUGAUAUUUAUUUGACCAUCCAUUUCGAGUGAUUAUCGAGUGAGGGCACCUGGUGGUUAACUGUUGUUGAUUGUAAUCGAUUAGCUCGUUUUUUUACGAGAUAACGAAAUGACAUUAAGAGUUGUAGUUAGCGAAAUCACACACACACACAAGCACCCUCAUUCAAUCCUUCAUAUUUACUGCCACACUACAGUUCUCUCGUUGAAAAUUUACCGACAUAUGCCGACCUUAAAGAAAAAAAAAUUCAGUGAAAAUAGUGUGAUUGAGAAGAAGAAGAACGUAAAACAAGUAGAUUUUGAUGUCGCUUCGUUUUAGCCUAAUACUGCUCUUUGUUUGAAUAACGUUUUUCUGUUUCCUUAGAAAGUUUCUUCAUUUUUAAUCGUACAUUCUAUCGUGGAUAACAAACACAUAUUACAAGUUUAUGAAAAUAACGUUUUUUGUGCACACACACAGACAAACGCAUACACAUACAGAAAACACAGCCAAACCUAUAUUUUAACCGAAAAAAUAAACAGAACGGGACAAAAUUAUACAAAUCUAGUGGAAAAAGCUAUAAUACAUACAACCAAAAUCACCAUACAGCGAGAAGUUUUUCUGUGCAAGAAAAGCGUGCUUCACACUCUAAUGGUGACAGUAAAAAAAAAAUAAUAAAAACCUAACACACAUUUUUACAGACAAAAUAUUGAAGUAUAAUCGAUUAAAAAACAGAUUAGCUUGAUCCACGCUUUUGGAACGGACUUUUGAUCAUUUUCCUCCUAACGCUGUAAUUGCCUUAAGUUUCAGAGAGUUGUUUGUUGAUAACAGAAAUAUUUAUAAAUAAUGAAAGGAGAACAGAACAGAAUAAAACCUAAUAAUGGUAGCAAAAUGAACUAUGUAUGAGCCUUGCCUAGCUUCCUUGUUUGGUUUUGUUGUGCCCCCCCCUCGCACAGGAGGCACAUUAUUCUCCCCGGUUCUGAGUUUCGUUCGAAUCGGAUUAUUUCGAUCGAAUGCAAAAUUUUGCAUUCUGUAUCUCGAUCGAGUUCGAGUUUUCCAUACAAAAGCAUCUCUCGAUCGUAUUACAGAAUGCAAAUUUUCACAUUCGUCCGAAGUAAUCCGAUUCGAUCGAAAUACAGAAUAGGGGUGAUUAUCUGGGAACGUAGCCAGCCGACGACGUAACACAAAACGAAACACAUCUUUUUUUUUUCUUCUAGCUUGCAAACACUUCUCUGUUUCUUUCGUAAGUUAACUAAUUUUAAACGAUUUGUUUCUUUUUAUCUGGGACUAUUAUACUUUUAUACGAGAAAAAAAAAUGCGAAAGCAAAACGAAUUCAUCUUACUACUGAGUAUCACAGUAACGAUAAAUUUCACGAGCAAGCAGUGAAGGGGAUGGAACUGUGAAACAAUGGGAAAUCGAUUCGAAAAAAAUGUGAAAAAAAGUUUAAAAAUUAUUUAAAAGGCACAUAAAAAUCUAUAGUCAUACUGUAAUAAAUUGUGAAUGAAUUCAAGGAAACCUAUAUAAUGUAAAUAAUGAACUACCUAUAUAUUCAGUAAAGACUAAAGUAAUUGAAUAAAUUAAGGAUACACACAA